AUGUCACUUGAAAAUCGCGAUGAGGCCAUCCGUGAGGCCAAGAUCUUCGUUCGCCAAGUCGUGCGAAACGACUGGGAGUUCGAUUCUAGUCUAUACGCCGACGGCACACGUCCCACCCCCGCGACCUCCUCAACCCUCACGGACGGAACUCUUUGCGAAGGCCGCGAAGUCGUCGAAUGGCGAUGCCGAGAAUUCGACAGCACAGGCUCAGAACUGGAGCCCCAAUCGUCUGACCAAAGUGACUCGGACUCGCAGUCACCAGGGAGGCCUACAGGGGACCCUGCGAUUGAACGGCGGCGCAGGCACCGGCGGCAGAUGGAAGACGAGAUGGCCUGGAAUGAGGGGUUACGAAUGUGGAUGGCCAGACGAGACGCAUGGUCUGGGGCAAGGACACAGCGGCAGAUUCGUGCCAAGGAACAGAAGCGCAAGCUCGCUGCUUCACAAAAUGAGACAAACGGGUCGUCUGACGUGAAGGGCGUGGAUGCUGCAGAAGACGGCGGUGCGGGGAAUCCCCCGCCCACGGACCCUCGGACCCGCGUUGAGCUAGGUGAUACCGGUAUGCUCGCGAACAAGACGGAAUCAUGUCUUUCGAUUACGGACAAGGAUAAGGAGAAGGUCGAAGAGCAAAUGCGCCGCCAGGAUCAAGAGGAGGAGCAAUCUACUGCGCCAGAUGAGGAGACCAAGCGCAAGGAGUCGACAGAAACAUGCAUCACCGAGCCAGACCAGACUACCAACUAUACUCCGCCUAUAACCACGUCAGAGAUCGAUGACAAGGACUCGGGGGAAGAGGAAGAUUCUGAAGAGGAAGAAGAACUCGACGAGCCUCUUAUCCCAGUUGCGCCUCCGUUCAUCUCCUCCACUAACCCCGUCCGCGCAACGAUCACCCCCUCGAUCUACCCUUCCAUCUACACCAAAGUCGUCGUACAGGGCAUGACUCCCACCAUCCCCGUCAACCUGGCCGACCUGACCAAAGCAAUGGUUCAAGGAUGGAAGGCAGAUGGACAGUGGCCUCCAAAGCCGGCUGUUUCAUCCAUCGUCCUUCAAGAUGAUGCUUCCGUCCCGAAAAAGACAGACUCUCCUGUCGAUGGAGCACCUCAGUCAAGGCGAAAGAACAGUAUAACGAACGCCAUGCGCAAGGUCUUCCAUAUGGGAGCGCAUCCGUUCCAUCGCCGUGGCUCAACUAGUCAGGACGCUGGUGCCGGUAACGGUGCUCCUAACGGAACCGCCGCUUAG